AUUUAGAUAGAAGAAACCAAACCUCUUAUCAAACCACACUCUCUCUCUCGCUCGCCCAGAGAGUUUCUUCCUCUGCUUCAUCUUCCCCGGUAGAGCGAGGGAUUCUCGAAAAAACCCAAACUUUCAAUCAUGGGUUUAUCCACAAACCUCCACACCAUCAACCUCCGCUCCACUUUCUUCACCGGCGGCCUCCGCCCAUCUCCAAUCGCAUCAAACUUCAUCAAAGUCUCCUCCUUUCCAAUCCCUAGACGGGACACCACCACAAUCAGAUCAUCCCAAGUCUCCACAAUCACCCCCGUAAAAGAGCAACAAAACGACGUCGAAUCACUCUUCUCCACCCCAACGACCCAACAAGACUCCGACCGCAAACGAAAGAACUCCUCCUCCUCCGGCGUCUCCUCCGGCGUGAAGCUCGAGAACAUAACCAAAACCUACAAAGGCGUCACGGUCCUCAAAGACGUCUCCUGGGAGGUCAAACGCGGCGAGAAAGUAGGCUUAGUCGGCGUCAACGGAGCAGGAAAGACAACGCAGCUCCGAAUCAUAACGGGCCAAGAAGAGCCAGACUCGGGCCACGUGAUCAAGGCCCGGCCCAACAUGAAAGUGGCCUUCUUGAGCCAGGAGUUCGAGGUGUCGAUGAGCAGGACGGUUAAGGAGGAGUUCAUGAGCGCUUUCAAAGAAGAGAUGGAGGUUGCUGAUAAGCUCGAGAGAGUUCAGAAGGCGAUCGAAGGUUCGGUUGAUGAUCUGGAGCUCAUGGGGAGGUUGCUGGAUGAGUUUGAUCUGCUGCAGAGGAGGGCUCAGGCGGUGAGUUUGGAUAGUGUUGAUGCGAAGAUUAGUAAGCUGAUGCCGGAGUUGGGGUUUGCGGCCGAGGAUGCUGAUAGGCUUGUGGCUUCGUUUAGUGGUGGGUGGCAGAUGAGGAUGUCGCUUGGGAAGAUUCUGCUUCAGGAUCCAGAUUUGCUGCUACUCGAUGAACCUACAAACCAUUUGGAUCUCGACACUAUUGAAUGGCUUGAAGGCUAUUUGCAAAAGCAAGAGGUUCCCAUGGUCAUCAUCUCACACGACAGAGCCUUCCUCGAUCAGCUCUGCACCAAAAUCGUCGAAACCGAGAUGGGUGUCUCCAGGACAUUCGAAGGCAACUACUCGCAGUACGUCAUCUCCAAAGCAGAGUGGAUCGAAACUCAGAACGCAGCUUGGGAGAAGCAGCAGAAAGAGAUCGAAUCAACUAAGGACUUAAUCGCUAGGCUCGGUGCUGGUGCUAACUCUGGCCGUGCUUCCACUGCAGAAAAGAAACUAGAGAAGCUGCAAGAGCAGGAGCUUAUAGAGAAGCCUUUCCAGAGGAAGCAGAUGAAGAUCAGGUUUCCUGAGCGUGGGACUAGUGGGAGAUCUGUAGUCACGGUUAAGAACGUUGAUUUUGGUUUUGAGGAUAAGAUGCUGUUCAAGAAGGCGAAUCUAGCGAUAGAGAGAGGAGAGAAGAUUGCUAUCAUUGGCCCCAACGGGUGUGGCAAAAGCACGUUGCUGAAGCUUAUAAUGGGUUUAGAGAAGCCAAUGAAAGGUGAAGUUUUCCUCGGAGAGCACAAUGUACUACCAAACUACUUUGAACAGAACCAGGCUGAGGUUCUUGAUUUGGAUAAGACAGUUCUUGAAACGGUCUGUGAAGCUGCGGAAGACUGGAGAAGUGAUGAUGUAAAAGGUCUUCUAGGACGUUGCAACUUCAAAGCAGACAUGCUUGAUCGGAAAGUCUCUCUUUUGAGCGGUGGCGAGAAAGCGCGUCUUGCUUUCUGCAAAUUCAUGGUGACGCCUUCGAAUGUGCUUGUUUUGGACGAACCGACCAAUCACUUGGACAUUCCUUCUAAAGAGAUGCUUGAGGAAGCGAUAAACGAGUACCAAGGCACAGUGAUUGCAGUCUCACACGACCGGUACUUCAUCAAACAGAUUGUUAACAGAGUCAUAGAAGUUGAAGAUGGUUGUUUGGAAGAUUACGCAGGAGACUACAAUUAUUACUUGGAGAAGAACCUGGAAGCUAGAGCAAAGGCGGUGGAGAGAGAAGCAGAGCUAGAAGAGAAAGCACCGAAAGUGAAGGCGAAGUCAAAGAUGUCAAAAGCAGAGAAAGAAGCGAGGAAGAAGCAGAAGAUGCAGGCGUUUCAACAGGCGAAACAGAAGUCAAAGGCCAGCAAGAACUCCAAGAGAUGGAACUGAAACACUGAAAGGAGUCUGAGAUAUAUAUAUAUAUAUAUAUAUAUUUUUUUUUUUAUUAGAAACAGUCUUCUUUCUUUACAUGUUUAUUUUGUGGAUUCAGUUUGUAUAGUUAGUUAUACUUUUUUUCAGUUUAAGGAACGAUUAAGAAACUUAACUGUCUCAGAUUUUGGAUUA